AUCUCUCGCUAUUGAUAAUGUCUGAAAUAAUUGUACGAAGAGCUAAACGUGAAGAUUGUAAAGUCAUCCUAGAACUUUCAAAGGAACUUCUAAAUUACGAAAAGAUGUCCGAUAAACCAGAAAUUGAUGAUAAAACCUUCGAAAGAGAUGGUUUCGACGGGGAACCUUUAUAUUUGUGUAAUGUGGCAACGUGUGAUGAAAAGAUCAUUGGAUACGCAGUCUCUCAUUACAAUUAUGCCACAUGGUGUGGAAAAGGUAUGUUGCUGCAAGAUCUUUAUGUGACACCGGAUUUUCGAGGAAAAAAUGUUGGCACCAAGCUUCUAAAAGCUGUCGCAAAGGAUGCAAUUGAGAAUGGUUGUCAUAAACUAGACUUUUUGGUUCUUGAGUGGAAUCCAGCGCGAGAAUUUUACAAAAAACAUAAUGCUAUUAAUCUGUCCUCUAAGGAACCAUGGCUCCGUUACCGUAUUUUAGAAAAAAAUUUGAAAGAAUUGAAUUUAUAUUUGAUAAUGUCUGAAAUCAUCAUACGAAAAGCUAAACGUGAAGAUUGUGAAGCCAUCAGAAUGCUCAUACAGGAAUUGGCAGACUAUGAAAAAAUGCCCGAUGGACCAGAAAUUGAUUACAAAACCUUAGAAAGAGAUGGCUUCGACGGGCAACCUUUAUAUUUCUGUAAUGUAGCAACAUCUAAUGAAAAGGUCAUUGGAUAUACUUUGUCUUAUUACACUUAUUCUACAUGGUGUGGAAAAUCUAUGUAUCUGGAAGAUAUCUAUGUAACGCCAGACUUUCGAGGAAAACAUGUUGGCAUCAAACUUCUAAAAGCGGUUGCAAAGGAAGCAAUUGAGAAUGAUUGUCAUAAAUUAGACUUUGUGGUUCUUAAUUGGAAUCCAGCACAAGAAUUUUAUAAAAUGUAUGGAGCCAGUGAUCUGACAUCAAAGGAACAAUGGCACUGUUAUCGUUUCAUCGAAAAAGAUUUGAAAAAAUUAGCAUCUGAUUGUGAAUAGCAUGAUGAUAUUUUAAUUAUUGACAACGGCAAUCAUUAAAACAGGGUGGCUAUUAGAAUUGUGUUAAAACAAAUGAUUGUCAAAACAGAAUAGGAAAAUAUAUAAUGGUUUACUUUCAAUAUAAUCCUAAUAGUCACCCUGCAGUAUUAUAUAUACAAAUACUCAAUAUGUACUGCAGUAUUAUAGAUACAAACACUCAAUAUGUAUCAAACUCACUUCAAAAUAAAAUGUUCAAAAAAAUUUUGUCCCUGCGUUACAAAAUACAUGGAUAACUACAUUCUUUGUAUUUUUCAUCUUUUCUCUUUCUCUCUCCAAUAUAUC